AUGUCAAGGACUGAUGUCACAGGAACCAGCAUUUUAAAAGUUGUUGCCACAGAUUUAGAUGAUCCGGACACUAACAACAAUGGAAGGAUCCUAUAUUCACUUGCUGGUAGUCCAUUAUUCAGCAUCAACUCCACGUCUGGUGUGAUAAGAAAUACAGCCAUGAUCUCUGUAGACAACAGGACAACUUUCUUCUUUCUUAAAGUCACAGCUACAGAUAGCAAUGGUGGAGCUGGAGCCUUAAGCAGUGCUGCUGAUGUUACUAUUACUGUCAGCACCUUCAACCAGUAUUCUCCUGUCUUCAGCUCAACAAACUAUUCUGUAGCGGUGAGAGAGAAUCAACUGGCUGCUGGUGACAUUGUUUUAAAUGUGAGUGCCAGUGACCUAGAUCUUGGGCCAGAUGGUGAGAUCAUCUUAAGUCUGGUGACCUUAAGUAACGAAUUCUUCCUAACCCAGAAUGGGAAUACAGGGGAGUUAAGGCUGAAACUAAACUUGGAUUAUGACAAGGGAGAUAAGAAUUUCACAUUGUCUGUUACAGCUGCAGACAAAGGAAUUCCAGCCCAAUCAAGCACAUGUAUCGUAACAGUCACAGUCAUCAAUGAAAAUGAUAAUCCUCCUGUCUGCACACCAUUUAUAAAAAUAGACAGACUUGAAGGGUUGACAGACAUUGUAAGCCUUGAUUGCUCUGAUGCAGACCUAGAGAGUAGCAUCACUUACAGUGUUUUAAACAUUAGUGCGCAGUAUAAGCUACAACCAAUCAGAUCUGCUGUAUCAAUAGAUGGGAGAGUAACUGUGAUUGAUCCAUUAAACUACGAAAACACUCCUGACUUCAGUAUUUUGAUUAAGGUUGUAGAUAAUGGAACCCCAGCCCUGAGUACAACAGUAACAGUACUGGUUCACGUGACUGAUGUCAAUGACAACACUCCAAGCUUUGUGGGAAAUUUAACUUUCUCUCUACAAGAAGAGCUCAUCUCUAAUACUGUUGUGUUCAGGGUAGAAGCCAGUGGCAAUGAUGGUCCACUGGAUGUUGUGGGCUACUGGUUGCUGGACACAACUUAUUUUUUCAUUUCUCCAGUCAGUGGAGAUAUUGUUCUGAUUAAACCUGCCCCUGAUUUUGAUACCUAUGGAGACAAGUAUAUUUUUGGCGUGUGUGUGCAUGAUACACCCAACCCUCUUAAUUACACAACCUGCUCCAACAUAACUGUGAAUUUAAUUGACAUUAAUGAUGAGAUACCUUCCUUCACAUCAUCAAUGUACGCUGCAGUUGUGUCAGAAGACACUGUGCUAGGGUACAGCCUGCUCCCAGCUGUAAGUGCUAUAGACAGAGACAGAUCUUCCAUGUUCAACACUGUUACAUACUCCAUAGUUGAGGGAAAUGUGGAUGGGUGCUUCAAAAUAACAUCAGGGGGAUAUUUGGAAAUUGUAAAGAACAUUGACUAUGAGAAAGCGCAAGAGUAUAUUUUAUACAUCAAAGGGUCAGAUGGUGCACACAAUGUUACCACUACCUACAUCGUCCAGAUAAAACCUGUCAAUGAGUUUAAACCAACCUUCACUAACAAGUCUGUUAGUUUAAAUGUACAGGAGAACCUACCUUUUGGAACUGUUGUCUAUGUUACAAAUGCUACAGACCAGGACAAGGGACCUGAUGGUGAAAUAAUGUAUAGCAUUGACACAGGGCCUUUUAGAAUUGACCCAUCUUCAGGAGAAAUAACUGUUGCUGGAACACUUGACGCAGAAUCCAACCCAUAUAUUCAACUAACUGUAUGGGCCACAGAUAGAGGCAAUCCUCCAUAUUCCUCCUCUCAGUUGCUCAUAGUCAGCCUGGUUGAUGUCAAUGAUAACAUCCCUACAUGCUCUUCCAAUCCAUAUUUUGUGUCCUUGUCUGAAAACAGCCUUGCUGGGGAUGUAGUGACUUCCUUAGUGUGUAGAGAUGCAGACAAUGAUCCAGCUAAUCUCAACAACGCCUUGUCCUACAGUAUUGUUUCUAUAGCAACAUCACAGUUCUCCAUCAGCACAUCUGGCAACAUAACAGUCAGUUCAGGGGCCAGUUUGGACAGGGAAACCCAGGACAACUACACUGUCAUCAUUGUUGUGUCAGACAAAUCACCAACUGCCAAACUGUCAACCACUGUCACAGUUAGUGUCAUUGUCACAGAUGUGAAUGACAAUGCACCAUAUUUCACUCAACUGUCCCCUGUUGAUUUACCUGAGGAUGCAACAGUUGGUAAAACAGUAGCCUUCAUUAGAGCAAAUGAUAAGGACUCUGGAAUAAACAAAAUGUUAGAAUAUAAAUUUCGUAACUACUAUGACAAGUUCAGCAUAGACCCAGUCACAGGAAAUGUUGUAUUAGACAGAUCUUUAGAUUAUGAGCUAGAACAGAGUUACAAGCUAGAAAUACUUGUCACUAACUAA